AUGACCUCCGUACUUCGAUCGCACCCACUCCAGUCGAACAAACGCAGACUCGAGGCAGAAUCAACUUCUACAAAGAAGCAGAAGCGUCUGCACGCCGAACUAAGGCUCGAGAUACCACCGCUCAAGUUCCCUUCGACGCACUGCUCGACGGAUGACGACCCGCUGUUCACCCCGGCGAGCUCAGGCGAAACUAGUUCUCGGGCUGACUCUCUCUUCGGCGAAGAAACGGCGUUCUCAACGGGGAGAACAGAUAAUCCCCCCUACAAGGAAACUAUUGCGUCCGCAUCCCGCACAGCGCCUCCCAUUCCUGGAUUCUUUUUCAAUCCAGCUGUCGAAGUAUCUUACGAUAUAGGCGCCCGCGUACUAGCACAAUGCAUGGAAACGUAUUUCCAGAAGCCCGAUGUAAACCAAAUCAUGCUUUUCGGCAGAGCACCUUCGCCAGGAACACCCGAGUCGACACCUGCGAGUACAUCCUUCCCCCCGAUACUCAACGAAUUGUUGACAUCACUCUCAAACGACCUUCGCGAAUACCUCCCACCGGCAACUUACGAUUUACUAUUUCCUGCUUCACCGCGUCGGGCUCGCCAGGCUAUCAUUAAUCUCUAUCACCCUGGUGAAGGCAUCUCGUCACAUGUGGAUCUGCUGGGCCGCUUUGGCGAUGGCAUAAUUGGCGUCAGCUUCGGCAGUGGAUGUGUGAUGCAGUUCGACCGUGUGCACACCGAGGUGGAGUCGCAGGGCGAACCCAGUGUUGACCACACUCAUGUUGACGCCACAACGACGUGUAAUGCCGACCCUACGGAGGAUAGGUACGAUCUGUACCUUCCUGAGAGAAGCGUCAUAGUAUUGUCUGGUGAGUCACGGUACAAAUGGACUCACGGCAUCGCGCGAAGAGCCGACGACGUCGUAGGAACCGAAACGUUGCACAGAGGCACCCGCAUGAGUAUCACAUUCAGGUGGUUGCUCCCCGGUGCCGAGAUAGUUGGGGAUACAGUCGGUCCUGCCAUCUAG